AUGUGGCACCUGACGUGCGUCGACGACUUUUUGAAUCGCGCGUUUUACAAGGUUGGCCUCUUUGUCGGUCGACACCCCGGCUACUUCGUAAUCGUGCCGAUACUGCUGGCGUGCAUAUGCUUCACCGGCUACCAGAGGAUACACUACGAAAUCGACCCGGAAUACCUGUUCUCGCCCGUCAACGGCCCCGGCAAGACCGAGCGAGCGAUAGUCGAGCAGUACUUUAAAGUCAAUUACAGCCACCAAUUCAAUGUCGGUCGUAUCACACGACCAG